CAACAACAACAACAACAACAACAACGACGACGACGACGACGACGACAAGAACGGGAAGAAGCAGAACGGGAAGAAGCAGAACGGGAAGAAGCAGAACGGGAAGAAGCAGAACGGGAAGAAGCAGAACGGGAAGAAGCAGAACGGGAAGAAGCAGAACGGGAAGAAGCAGAACGGGAAGAAGCAGAACGGGAAGAAGCAGAACGGGAAGAAGCAGAACGGGAAGAAGCAGAACGGGAAGAAGCAGAACGGGAAGAAGCAGAACGGGAAGAAGCAGAACGGGAAGAAGCAGAACGGGAAGAAGCAGAACGGGAAGAAGCAGAACGGGAAGAAGCAGAACGGGAAGAAGCAGAACGGGAAGAAGCAGAACGGGAAGAAGCAGAACGGGAAGAAGCAGAACGGGAAGAAGCAGAACGGGAAGAAGCAGAACGGGAAGAAGCAGAACGGGAAGAAGCAGAACGGGAAGAAGCAGAACGGGAAGAAGCAGAACGGGAAGAAGCAGAACGGGAAGAAGCAGAACGGGAAGAAGCAGAACGGGAAGAAGCAGAACGGGAAGAAGCAGAACGGGAAGAAGCAGAACGGGAAGAAGCAGAACGGGAAGAAGCAGAACGGGAAGAAGCAGAACGGGAAGAAGCAGAACGGGAAGAAGCAGAACGGGAAGAAGCAGAACGGGAAGAAGCAGAACGGGAAGAAGCAGAACGGGAAGAAGCAGAACGGGAAGAAGCAGAACGGGAAGAAGCAGAACGGGAAGAAGCAGAACGGGAAGAAGCAGAACGGGAAGAAGCAGAACGGGAAGAAGCAGAACGGGAAGAAGCAGAACGGGAAGAAGCAGAACGGGAAGAAGCAGAACGGGAAGAAGCAGAACGGGAAGAAGCAGAACGGGAAGAAGCAGAACGGGAAGAAGCAGAACGGGAAGAAGCAGAACGGGAAGAAGCAGAACGGGAAGAAGCAGAACGGGAAGAAGCAGAACGGGAAGAAGCAGAACGGGAAGAAGCAGAACGGGAAGAAGCAGAACGGGAAGAAGCAGAACGGGAAGAAGCAGAACGGGAAGAAGCAGAACGGGAAGAAGCAGAACGGGAAGAAGCAGAACGGGAAGAAGCAGAACGGGAAGAAGCAGAACGGGAAGAAGCAGAACGGGAAGAAGCAGAACGGGAAGAAGCAGAACGGGAAGAAGCAGAACGGGAAGAAGCAGAACGGGAAGAAGCAGAACGGGAAGAAGCAGAACGGGAAGAAGCAGAACGGGAAGAAGCAGAACGGGAAGAAGCAGAACGGGAAGAAGCAGAACGGGAAGAAGCAGAACGGGAAGAAGCAGAACGGGAAGAAGCAGAACGGGAAGAAGCAGAACGGGAAGAAGCAGAACGGGAAGAAGCAGAACGGGAAGAAGCAGAACGGGAAGAAGCAGAACGGGAAGAAGCAGAACGGGAAGAAGCAGAACGGGAAGAAGCAGAACGGGAAGAAGCAGAACGGGAAGAAGCAGAACGGGAAGAAGCAGAACGGGAAGAAGCAGAACGGGAAGAAGCAGAACGGGAAGAAGCAGAACGGGAAGAAGCAGAACGGGAAGAAGCAGAACGGGAAGAAGCAGAACGGGAAGAAGCAGAACGGGAAGAAGCAGAACGGGAAGAAGCAGAACGGGAAGAAGCAGAACGGGAAGAAGCAGAACGGGAAGAAGCAGAACGGGAAGAAGCAGAACGGGAAGAAGCAGAACGGGAAGAAGCAGAACGGGAAGAAGCAGAACGGGAAGAAGCAGAACGGGAAGAAGCAGAACGGGAAGAAGCAGAACGGGAAGAAGCAGAACGGGAAGAAGCAGAACGGGAAGAAGCAGAACGGGAAGAAGCAGAACGGGAAGAAGCAGAACGGGAAGAAGCAGAACGGGAAGAAGCAGAACGGGAAGAAGCAGAACGGGAAGAAGCAGAACGGGAAGAAGCAGAACGGGAAGAAGCAGAACGGGAAGAAGCAGAACGGGAAGAAGCAGAACGGGAAGAAGCAGAACGGGAAGAAGCAGAACGGGAAGAAGCAGAACGGGAAGAAGCAGAACGGGAAGAAGCAGAACGGGAAGAAGCAGAACGGGAAGAAGCAGAACGGGAAGAAGCAGAACGGGAAGAAGCAGAACGGGAAGAAGCAGAACGGGAAGAAGCAGAACGGGAAGAAGCAGAACGGGAAGAAGCAGAACGGGAAGAAGCAGAACGGGAAGAAGCAGAACGGGAAGAAGCAGAACGGGAAGAAGCAGAACGGGAAGAAGCAGAACGGGAAGAAGCAGAACGGGAAGAAGCAGAACGGGAAGAAGCAGAACGGGAAGAAGCAGAACGGGAAGAAGCAGAACGGGAAGAAGCAGAACGGGAAGAAGCAGAACGGGAAGAAGCAGAACGGGAAGAAGCAGAACGGGAAGAAGCAGAACGGGAAGAAGCAGAACGGGAAGAAGCAGAACGGGAAGAAGCAGAACGGGAAGAAGCAGAACGGGAAGAAGCAGAACGGGAAGAAGCAGAACGGGAAGAAGCAGAACGGGAAGAAGCAGAACGGGAAGAAGCAGAACGGGAAGAAGCAGAACGGGAAGAAGCAGAACGGGAAGAAGCAGAACGGGAAGAAGCAGAACGGGAAGAAGCAGAACGGGAAGAAGCAGAACGGGAAGAAGCAGAACGGGAAGAAGCAGAACGGGAAGAAGCAGAACGGGAAGAAGCAGAACGGGAAGAAGCAGAACGGGAAGAAGCAGAACGGGAAGAAGCAGAACGGGAAGAAGCAGAACGGGAAGAAGCAGAACGGGAAGAAGCAGAACGGGAAGAAGCAGAACGGGAAGAAGCAGAACGGGAAGAAGCAGAACGGGAAGAAGCAGAACGGGAAGAAGCAGAACGGGAAGAAGCAGAACGGGAAGAAGCAGAACGGGAAGAAGCAGAACGGGAAGAAGCAGAACUGGAAGAAGCAGAACUGGAAGAAGCAGAACUGGAAGAAGCAGAACUGGAAGAAGCAGAACUGGAAGAAGCAGAACUGGAAGAAGCAGAACUGGAAGAAGCAGAACUGGAAGAAGCAGAACUGGAAGAAGCAGAACUGGAAGAAGCAGAACUGGAAGAAGCAGAACUGGAAGAAGCAGAACUGGAAGAAGCAGAACUGGAAGAAGCAGAACUGGAAGAAGCAGAACUGGAAGAAGCAGAACUGGAAGAAGCAGAACUGGAAGAAGCAGAACUGGAAGAAGCAGAACUGGAAGAAGCAGAACUGGAAGAAGCAGAACUGGAAGAAGCAGAACUGGAAGAAGCAGAACUGGAAGAAGCAGAACUGGAAGAAGCAGAACUGGAAGAAGCAGAACUGGAAGAAGCAGAACUGGAAGAAGCAGAACUGGAAGAAGCAGAACUGGAAGAAGUAGCAGAGGCAGUUACCUCAGGACAACUGCACAACCACUAA